AGCCCCGCCCGGGCUGAGGGUGUCCAAGGGGCGCAGAGCCCUGGGGUGCCCAGUCCCAGGAGAGCCGCUCUCUGAGGAGGAAGCAGCUCCCUGGCUCUGUCUGCGCCAGACGCCGAUAGCGACAGCGGCCGACAGCGACAGACGACGAGAGCGACGAGGGCAAAGCCAACUCCAACUCCCGGUCCCACAGCCCCUUGCCCAGCUGGCUGGAAGCCCCCAGCGGGCAGUGGUCGGGGGCAGUGGGCAGCUCAGUCCUGCCACUGGCACAGGCUGAGGAGGAGGAGAGGCCCCUCGCUGACAUGGACCGAGAGCUUUCCCGGAGGGAAGGUACACAAGAGACAUCCCAGAGAGAAGGACCAGGAGUCCAAGAAAUGUCCCGGCAGGGAGCCAGGAGCAGCCAAGAGCUGUACCAAGACCAGAGUCCCACGGAGGCCGAGCCGGCAGCUGCUGCCCCGGCAGGAGCUGCUGAGGACGAGGAGCCCCCUGAGCCUCUCCUGUCCCAAGAGGAAGAUUUGGGACACCAAGAGUUGUUCCCGCGGGAGGAUGAUGUGAAGUCCAGUUCUGGGGAGAAGCCUGUGGGCACAGUGAAGGAUGAGGCCACGCAGACUUGUCCCUCAUCCUGUGACAAGGAGCUGUCCCAGGUUAAAGAGGCCAUCGAGCUCUCUGCAGGGGACAGCAACACUGAGCCAAAGCUGUCCAAAGGGGAAGAGGCAAUCAAGGACAUUCCACGGGACAGCACAAGUGACCAGAUGCUGUCCCCAGUGGAAGACAACAUUGAGGUUGUUCCAGAGGAUGGCAAAAGUGACCAGGAGCUGUCCUCAGUGGAAGAGGCCAUCGAGGGCAUUCCAAAGGACAGCAAGAGUGACAAGGAGGUGUUCUCAGUGGAAGCGCUCAUCGAGGAUAUUCCAGAGGAUGUCACGAGUGACCUGGAGCUGUCCUCAGUGGAAGAGGACAUCGAGGGCAUUCCAGAGGACAGCAUGAGUGACCAGGAGCUGUCCUCAGUGGAAGAAGACAUCGAGGACAUUCCAGGGGACGGCAUGAGUGACCAGGAGCUGUCUUCAGUGGGAGAGGACAUCGAGGACAUUCCAUGGGACAGCACAAGUGAUAAGGAGCUGUCCUCAGUGGAAGAGGACAUUGAGGGCAUUCCAGAGGACAGCAAGAGUGACAAAGAGCUGUCCUCAGUGGAAGAGGCCACUGAAGGCAUUCCAGAGGAGAGCACGAGUGGCAAGGAGCUGUCCAAAGGGGAAGUGGCCAUCGAGGGCAUUCCAGAGGAGAGCACGAGUGGCAAGGAGCUGUCCGAAGGGGAAGUGGCCAUCAAGGGCCUUCCAGAGGAGAGCACGAGUGGCAAGGAGCUGUCCGAAGGGGAAGUGGCCAUCGAGGGCAUUCCAGAGGAGAGCACGAGUGGCAAGGAGCUGUCCGAAGGGGAAGAGGCCAUCGAGGGCAUUCCAUGGGAUAGCACAACUGACCAGAUGCUGUCCUCAGGGGAAGUGGCCAUCAAGGUUGUCCCAUGGUGCAGCACAAGUGACCAGGAGCUGUCCUCAGUGGCAGAGGUCAUCAAGGGCAUUCCAGAGGACAGCAUGAGUGACCUGGAGCUGUCCGAAGGGGAAGAGGCCAUUGAGGGCAUUCCAGAGGAGAGCACGAGUGGUAAGGAACUGUCCGAAGGGGAAGAGGCCAUCGAGGGCAUUCCAUGGGAUAGCACAACUGACCAGAUGCUGUCCUCAGGGGAAGUGGCCAUCAAGGUUGUCCCAUGGUACAGCACAAGUGACCAGGAGCUGUCCUCAGUGGCAGAGGCUAUCAAGGGCAUUCCAGAGGACAGCACGAGUGACCUGGAGCUGUCCGAAGGGGAAGAGGCCAUCGAGGGCAUUCCAUGGGAUAGCACAACUGACCAGAUGCUGUCCUCAGGGGAAGUGGCCAUCAAGGUUGUCCCAUGGUACAGCAAGAGUGACCAGGAGCUGUCCUCAGUGGCAGAGGCCAUCGAGGGCAUUCCAGAGGACAGCAUGAGUGACCUGGAGCUGUCCGAAGGGGAAGUGGCCAUCGAGGGCAUUCCAGAGGACAGCAUGAGUGACCUGGAGCUGUCCGAAGGGGAAGUGCCCAUCAGGGUUUUCCCAUGGGACAGCACAAGUGACCUGGAGCUGUCCUCAGUGGAAGUGGCCAUCGAGGGCAUUCCAGAGGACAGCAAGAGUGACAAGGCGCUGUUCUCAGUGGAUCAGGGCAUCGAGGUUAUUCCAUGGGACAUCAUGAGCGACCUGGAGCUGUCCUCAGUGUUAGAGGACAUCGAGGGCAUUCCAGAGGACAGCAAGAGUGACAAGGAGCUGUCCUCAGUGGAAGAGGACAUGGAGGUUAUUCCAUGGGACAGCAUGAGUGACCAGGAGCUGUCCUCAGUGGAAGAGGCCUUCGAGGGCAUUCCAGAGGCCUGGGUGGAGUGCCCGGCACAGGAGCCGUGCAGCCAAGGGCCGGCGCCUGCCCCGCACAGCCCCCGCAGCCCCUGGCCUGCCCGGCUGCGAGCCCAGGCCCUCCGCGGGCAGCCGGCUGCCCCCAGGAAACGUCCCUCCCGCUUCAGGCGGGCGCUGCGGGCGCUGCGGGGGCUGUUCUGCUGUCCCUGCCUGAGGCCACGGCCAGAGGAGUAA